GUCCUGAAAGAUGGCGGCCUCCAUGAAAAUGACAGAAGCAGGAAUAUCAGAGCAGCCAGUUCUAGAGUCUCUGAAUUUGUUGACGCUGGAUAACAGUGAAGAAGAUUGUGGGAAUAAGAGCAGCCUUUCAGCCCUUUACACCUGUGUGUGUGCUUUGUGUGAUGAAAAGUUUGAUAUAAAAGACGGAAAUAAUGACCUUUUACGCCAUCUCCUUCUAUCACACAAACUCGUCAUUGCUGAAGUUCACUAUGUAGCUGAUUUGAAAAGGUACCUUGUGUACUGGAAACGGCGGUUCAAGGAACAACCAAUCACUGACUUCUGCUCUGUCAUCAAAACCAACACCGGAGAGAAAGAUAUAGAUCCAUCAGAAGACUAUUAUCUCCUGUGUGAUGUUUUGCCUGAAGACAAAAGUUUUAGACAACAUCUACAGAAGAAAAAACUUGGCGAGGUUUUACUACAACAACAAAGAGAGAGAGACGAUGAGACGUUUUGCCGAACCUGCUUGUUCUGUCGUACACAAUUUAACAAGAAGAGUUCCGAGUUACUGGACCACAUGGCACACGAUCAUGGAUUCAGCAUCGGACUUCCAAACAACCUGGUUUUUAUUGACGAGCUGCUGGAGAAGUUACAGGAUAAGUUGAAAAACCUACAGUGUCUUCACUGUGAGAGGACUUUCCGCGACCGAGCGAUACUGAAGGAACACAUGAGAAAAAAACAGCAUAAAAAAGUCAACCCAAAGAACAAAACUUACGACAAGUAUUACAUUAUAAACUACCUGGAGAUGGGUAAAAACUGGGAGGCUAUUCAACAGGAAAAUGACCGUGACAUUGUCAGUGACGACAGCACAGAAACGGAAGAUGAAUGGGAAGGAUGGCGGGAGGAGGCCGGGUCACAAGCUGUCUGUCUCUACUGCAUGUUUUCCUCAAGUAACCCAGCUAAACUCAGCGCACAUAUGCAGGAACUUCACGAUCUCGACUUUCAAGAAAUAAAACUGAAAAUGAAUUUAGACUUUUAUCAACAAGUCAAACUUAUUAACUUCAUACGAAGACAGGUUCACCUGUGCACCUGUAUUGGUUGCCAGACCAAGUUUGAAGAUAAGCAGACAUUGUUGGACCACAUGCACGAAUUGGGUCACACCAACCUAAUUCCUGAAGUAGCUCUCUGGGACCAGCCUCAGUAUUUCUUUCCAACGUACGAGAAUGACAACCUUCUGUGUCAGAUACAGGAUGAUGACGGAGAGGAGCAGACCACUGGUAAUGCGACAUGUUGCAAGGGUAAAGUGACUGUUAUUGCAGAGGAUGUUCCUGAUGUGGGACAGACCAUUUUGUCACAGGAGCGGGUCAGACAGGAUAUUAUCUCCUAGCAUUGCUGACAUGGUAAACCAUUAUAGCAGAGGAUGUUCCUGAUGUGGGACAGACCAUUUUGUCCGAGGAGCGGGUCAGACAGGAUAUUAUCUCCUAGCAUUGCUGACAUGGUAAACCGUUAUAGCGGAGGAUGUUUCUGAUGUGGGACAGACCAUUUUGUCCGAGGAGCGGGUCAGACAGGAUAUUAUCUCCUAGCAUUGCUGACAUGGUAAACCGUUACAGCGGAGGAUGUUCCUGAUGUGAGACAGACCAUUUUGUCAGAGGAGCGGGUCAGAUAGGAUAUUAUCUCCUAGCAUUGCUGACAUGGUAAACCGUUAUAGCGGAGGAUGUUCCUGAUGUGGGACAGACCAUUUUGUCCGAGGAGCGGGUCAGACAGGAUAUUAUCUCCUAGCUUUGCUGACAUGGACUUAUCCUUCUCUGUUACUUUCAUCUUAUGGAUGGUAUACCUGGUAGCAUUCUACAAAAAAAAAAAUUGGGGCGACAUCUUUAUCGUGAUAUUUAAAGAUUUUUGAUUAUUUCUUCCAAUCAGAUACUUGUGAAAUUAUGAAUGCAAUCUUUACAAUAACUCGGUUACAGUCCUUUCACAGUCUAAAACAUGUAAUAAAUAAUCUAUUGUUUGCUGGGUUUGAGGUAAAUAUGUAUUUUGUUCUACUUGAAGAUCAGACCAUUGCCCUUUACCAAUUGGUUUGCAUUUUUUAGCAGAAGGUUCAACAAAACAUAGGUUGUGCUGGAUUCCAGAUAACAGCUGGGUUGUCACAACCUCCUUAAGCAGCUACACAAAUAAUGUUUUUGGUAGUUUUGCUAUUGCUGUGAACCAUCAAACCCUCUUUGUUGUUUUUUAAACAGUUAUUGUUGACAUAUCAUGAUGACAUGUCAAAUGACACCACAAUAGAUAUUUUUGGGUUAUGGUUACAACUGCUAAAACGUGUUAUUUUACUAUACGAAUUAAUAAGAAUACACAUACUUAGCAAAAGUACAGCAGUGUGCUAUAUUUGGCUAAUAUCAUUCAACUUUUGCUAGUCAAAUUGUUGAUUAGGAAUCCUUGUUAUUUAUUUAUUAAAUUUGUACAAA